ACUAGUUGGCUUGGGGGAGGCGGCGGCGGCGCGGCGGCGGGGGUGCGGCCGGGGCCGGAGCCCUGCCCGGGGCCCGGCGGCGGGGCGGACCGGCGGGCAGCGGGCGAGGCCGCGCCUCUAUGCGCGGCGCAGCCCCGGCGUAGCCCGGGGCUGCCGGUGCCGACCGCGCCAUUGUUGGGGGAGGGGGUAGCUGCUGAGCGCGGCGGAGUCAGGGGCGAGCGAAGGCGGCGAGGAGUGGAGGCGCCCCAUGGGGAACACGUUGACCUGUUGCGUGUCCCCCAAUGCCAGCCCCAAGCUGGGCCGGCGUACGGGGCCCGCGGAGCCCGACUACGAGUCUGAGAUCUACGAGGCGGCGGCCGGGGACGCGGUGGCAGUAGCGCCGGCGCCUGCUGCCGUGGAGCCCGCCGAGUUGGAUUUCGGAGCGGGUGAGGGCCACCACCUGCAGCACAUCAGCGACCGGGAGAUGCCUGAAGAGUUAGCUUUGGAAUCAAACCCUUCUGACCAUCCAAGGGCAAGCACAAUUUUCCUGAGCAAAUCUCAAACGGAUGUGCGAGAAAAGAGGAAGAGCAACCAUUUAAACCAUGUAUCUCCAGGGCAGCUUACUAAAAAGUAUAGCUCAUGCUCAACAAUAUUUCUAGAUGACAGCACAGUCAGCCAACCUAAUCUUAGAACCACAAUAAAAUGUGUGACCUUAGCAAUAUAUUACCACAUAAAGAACAGAGAUGCAAAUAGAUCCUUGGAUAUUUUUGAUGAGAGAUCACAUCCACUCACACGAGAAAAGGUUCCAGAGGAAUACUUUAAGCAUGAUCCUGAACAUAAAUUUAUUUACAGAUUUGUUCGUACUCUUUUCAGUGCUGCACAGCUAACAGCUGAAUGUGCAAUAGUAACUUUGGUUUACUUAGAAAGGCUUUUAACUUACGCUGAGAUCGACAUUUGUCCCACUAACUGGAAAAGAAUUGUUUUGGGAGCCAUUCUUCUUGCCUCCAAGGUUUGGGACGAUCAGGCUGUAUGGAAUGUGGACUACUGCCAGAUCCUCAAGGACAUUACAGUUGAGGACAUGAAUGAGAUGGAAAGGCAUUUUUUGGAGCUACUUCAGUUUAAUAUUAAUGUUCCCGCCAGUGUUUAUGCCAAAUACUACUUUGACCUUCGCUCCUUAGCAGAUGACAACAACUUGAAUUUUCUAUUUGCUCCUCUUAGCAAAGAAAGAGCACAAAACCUAGAGGCCAUUUCCAGACUGUGUGAAGACAAAUACAAAGACUUGUGUAGAGCUGCUAUGAGAAGGUCUUUCAGCGCUGAUAACUUCAUUGGUAUUCAGCGUUCUAAUGCCAUCCUCUCUUAAGGGAGAAGGGGAGGGGUUGUAACAUCAUGAACCCCUCAGUCUACAAGAACUGGAGAAAUACCACCUCUCCUGCUCAAAAACCAGCAAAGUUAAAAUUUUCAUCUAAAAGACAGACUUCGAAUUCAAGAAACUCGUGGAUCCACCGCAAGGAUGAUGCUCAUAGGAAAGAAUGGGACAUUGUCAACGCAAAACACUCUUGUCCUUUUUAAUGUAAACAGAGUUACAAAAACCACUCCAAAGCAAAAGCUCCAACCCACACACAGAUAUCUGCUUACUAUGUAGGCUGAUAGCUGUGAACUGAGGGUUUUUUUUUUAAUAGUUUAAAUUUUUAGACUUUAAAGACACUAACUAUAUAACUUUUUUUUCCUAUUUUUCUUGUCCCCCUUCCCCCAUAUUGCUGCAUAUUUCUUUAGAAUCAAUGCAGUAUUACCGUGAAAACAUGGGACUCCUAACAACUCAUAAAGCCACUUAGGAACAGACUGUAGCAUUGUUAGGUAUUGAAGGGUUCUUCCUUCCUCCUUUAUCAUUGAAGCUGCUAGUCCUUAUUGGCAAUCAGUUUAAACCAAAAAGUUGAAUAACACUUGUCAUUCAAAUUCUUUGCAAGCACUACUUACUAGCAUAUUAGUAUGUUUAGGAUCAUAAACAGAGAAAGUAUGUUAUCAAUGAUUAUCUACUUCUAUUGGGUCCACGCUGCGUUUCUUGUGAACUAUAAUGGUGCUUCUCAUUUUCUGAUGAUGUUCCUCUUUAUUAAAUACAUGUAUUAAAGGAUAUUUUCAUAAUUCCAACCAACAUGGUGGUCCAGUGGUAACAAGCAGGUAGUGAAAAGAAGGUGUCCUGAAAAAUUUUAGUGCAACUUUAAGCUUUAAUCUAGUGUGCUUGGGCCCUCUGGGGCACUGCUGAAGGAUAAAUGCUUUAAACUUAGAAAACAUCAUUUGAAAGUUUAAUUACAUCUCUUGUAAACUUACCCAGUUUUGUCAAUUUUAAAUAUUAAGCUUUCCAUUUUAAUUUUUUGUUUCAGCCCCUCUUGAAGAUGGCACACAUUGGCUGAAACAAAAAAAUUAAAAUGAAAAGCUUAAUAUUUAAAAUUGACAAAACUGGGUAAGUUUAUAAGAAAUAACUAAACUUUCAAAUGGUGUUUUCUAAGUUUGUAGCAUUUAUCCUUCCACAGAUAUUAAAGCUUAAAAUUGCAUUAAGAAUGGAGGGAUGCCUUGUAUCAUCAUAGACGUGCCCUCCCCUUUUUAAAACUGUUCUAUGCAGGGCUGUGCUGUUUACCUGCUUUGGUCACCUUAAUUUCUUUUUUCUACAUUUGUAGAGUAUGAAGAGCAGUGGUAAUUCACAUGUAACAAACCAAAAGGAACUGGACUCUAAUAGUAGUGAGCUGAAAGUAGGUGAUCUGAAACAGUUCUUCUAGCCUACCUGUUAACCUGGCUGGAGGGGUCUCAUUUCAAGUCCUGCUGUUUAAGAGGAACCCUUACCUCAGGCUUUAAAGGGCAGGGAGUUAAGUAAUCAAUCUUCUCGGAGAUUGGUAAUGAUGUCACUUAAACUUGAAAUGUUAAAAAAAGAUUAGUGUUCUUAACCAUGUGAAAUCUUUCUCCUACCUUCUCAAAUGUAAUCCUAGGAAUUUUGCCUGUAAACAUAGCAUUUCUGGGCCAGGAAUACUUUCUCUCAGUAUAGCAGGGCUUCAUAUUCUAUUGAGUGCUGCAGGUUCCAUCAUUUUUAAAGGACACACAAAUGAUAAAUAACAGUAUGUAAAAUAUUACAAUCUACCACCUCAAAAAACAUUGUUAAUGGAGUUCGGAGCUUGGAGAUUCAAGUAUUGAUUGCAGUUUUAUUUUGAAAAGAAUGCUACAACUUACGUGGUUUUUCUUCCUCAUGUUUAUAUUAAAAGCUAAUAAACUCUAUUUUAAUUAAAAUAUGACUAGUGUGUUUGUAACCUUUCUCAGUUCACAUAGCAUUACAUCUCUGCCUAACUUCAGUGCUUUCAGUCAGCUCUAAUGGUGAGUGGGGUCUUAAAGCAUUUUCAAGCUGACCAUGAUUUGGUUUGACCCUUGCCUCUGGUUACAGUGUUACGUAUUUCUUUGACUUCUGCUCUUUUCAACCUGAAGAUCAUUUAGUACACUUAAAUCACUGGCCACAGUACUCAGAGGCAUUGUGCAUUAGAUGGCAUCUUUGAACAGCUCAUUAUUGUACCAAGAGGGGAAAAAAGCACACUGGAAGAUUAAAUUAGGUAGAAUAUACCAGAGAGAAGGGAAUUACAGGAAUAGUGUAGAAACAGAAUGUGAGUUAUAUGAGGAUUUUAAGCAGUUAAAACCUAGGAAAGAAAAUGGAAGAACUAGAUUUGUGGUUGCUGUAAAGAGAAACAGCCCACAUAUUUUGACUUUAAAAUACUCCUUUUCAAACUUACAUUUCAGUGAGAAAUAUGCCAAAUCUUCAUAAGGUUUAUGACACUAGCCACUCAGGUUGAGCAAUAUACUCUGUAAACCCUGAGAGUCUUGCUGUAUUUUUGUCCACCUUAAUUCACUACCUAAGGU